UCACAAGCGACCAAAUCCUCCACUAAAUGGCCGCCUACGCAAACUCAAACCUCACUCUCUUCUCCGCCUCAUCCUCCGCCGACGGCGCCGCCACCAUCCGCCGCGUCGCCACCGUGCGCUGCGGUCCGCGCGACAACCGCGGCCCGCUCCUCAAAGGUCGAAUCCUCAGCACCGAAGCCAUCCAAGCAAUCCAAGCCCUAAAGCGCGCGUACCGAUCCGAUCCGGAGAGCCUCCCCACGCACGCGCUCCGCCGCCUCAUCAAAUCCGACCUCACCGCCGCGCUAAAGGAGCUGCUCCGCCAGGACCAGUGCACCAUCGCCGCCGUGGUGUUCUCCGUCAUCCAGUCCGAGUACGGCGCCGACCUCAACGCGUACGCCGAGAUGGUGGUGGCGCUGGCGCGGAAGGGAAUGGCGGCAGAGAUCGACGCGCUGGUCUAUCGGAUGGAGGAGGAGGCGCCGGCGGGAAUCGUGCGCGGCGAGAGCAGGGGGCUGCUGAGAAUGGUCAAGGCAUUGAUCAGCGCGGAGAGGAAGGAAUCGACGGUCAGGAUUUACGAGAUGAUGAAGAAGAGUGGGAUGGGGUCCACGUGGGAGGUGGAUGAGUAUUUGGGGAGGGUUUUGAGCAAAGGGCUGAGGAGAUUUGGGGAGGGAAAAUUGGCCGAUGAAGUUGAUUCAGAAUUAGUGAGGUUGUACAAGGCCAUUUUUAUCAAAUCAUGACUUCUAUUGUUUCUGUUUUACACUUCUUUUCAUCGAAAAUACUACAAA